CCCAAAAUUCCCAUUUCAUCAUUCCCGCGGUCGAGCGUUUUACCUUCGGACGCCGUUGUCGGAUCUUCCGCCGCCGCUCCCGGAAGCCAUAAAGCCCCAAAUCUCCACCGUCGGACGUCGCCGGCCUCGGCGCCGGCCCUGCGUCACGUGCCUCGGUCGCCGGGAAAUGGCGGCGCGUGGGAUGACGAUGCUGCUGAGGAGGUUCUCGAGCGUUUCUUCGAACCCGCUCCGGGUCUGCGUCGUCGGAAGCGGACCGGCGGGGUUUUACACCGCCGAGAAGAUGCUGAAGAGACACAAAGCCGCACAGGUCGAUAUAAUCGAUCGCCUGCCUACGCCUUUCGGGUUAGUCCGCUCUGGCGUGGCGCCUGAUCAUCCCGAAACAAAGAUCGUGGUUAAUCAAUUUUCUCGUGUUUGCCAUCACGAGCGUUGCUCUUUCUUUGGCAAUGUCACUCUCGGUUCCUCUAUCUCUCUGCGAGAGCUCCGUGAUCUGUACCACGUGGUUGUGCUUGCUUAUGGUGCUGAAAGUGACAGAAGCCUUGGCAUUCCGGGUGAAGAGUUAUCUGGCAUACAUUCAGCUCGAAAAGUUGUCUGGUGGUAUAAUGGUCACCCAGACUGCAGACAAUUGGAGUUGGAUUUGAAAAAUUCUCAGACAGUUGUGAUUCUUGGCCAGGGCAAUGUAGCUCUUGAUGUUGCACGUAUUCUUCUGCGGCCUACAGUUGAAUUAUCAACAACAGACAUUGCUAAUCAUGCAUUAGCUACUUUGCAAGAAAGCUCUAUAAGGAAAGUGUAUUUGGUUGGAAGGCGUGGACCAGCCCAAGCAGCUUGUACUGCGAAGGAGCUACGUGAAGUUCUUGGUAUCAAAGAUCUGUAUGUUGGCAUUUCGGAAUCUGAUUUACUCAAAACCCCAGCGGAUGAGGAAGAGCUGAAGAACGACCGGAUAAGGAGGAGGGUUCAUGAGUUGUUGUCAAAGGCAGCCACCUCGAAUCAGUCAAGUCCAAGAUCAGAUCAACAUGAACUCCAUUUUGUUUUCUUCCGCAAACCAGAUAGGUUUCUGGAUGAUGGACAUGGGCAUGUGACAGCUGCUCAUUUGGAGAAGACGGCUCUCAGAGGUAAUGACUCUGGAAAGCAAAUUGCAGUUGGGACUGGAGAAUUUCAAGAUAUUGAAUGCGAGAUGGUAAUAAAGAGCAUUGGAUACAAAUCAGUACCAGUUGAAGGCUUACCAUUUGAUCAUCGAGCAGGUGUUGUUCCGAAUGUUGGGGGCAGAGUUCUGUGUGAUACAUCUGGUGAGUCAGCAAUUGAGGAAGGUCUAUAUGUCUGUGGAUGGUUAAAGAGAGGGCCAACUGGAAUUAUUGCUACAAACCUUUAUUGUGCAGAAGAAACUGUUGCGAGUAUAUCUGAGGACAUAGAUCGUGGGGUAUUGGUGCCAUCAUUGUCUAAACCAGGGAGAGAUGGUCUUCUCCAGUUAUUAGAUGAUCGGAAUGUCAGAGUUGUGCCAUUCAGUACUUGGGAAAAGAUAGAUUCUGAAGAAAGGAGGGUUGGGAGUUUGAGAAACAAACCCAGGGAGAAGUUGGCCGCAUGGGAUGAACUAUUGGGCUUCUGUAACUAAUCAGCUGUGCUAGGAGAUUCUGUCCAUUUGACGCAGUUCGGCCAGAAAACAGCACUGAAAGAUAAUGCUCAUCGUGGCUUACUGCUCUUGAAGUGCCAUCAUUGACAAUGCUUUGACAAAUCAAUUUUGCUGCAUCACUUUGGGUGUAUUCUGCAAUUGGUUUCCAAGAAAAAGCAAAUGGUUGUUGCAUGCUGAGCGCUGUUUUGCCUUCAUCACAGUAACAGGAGACGAGAAGCAGUUUGUUUAUUUGAUGGUACUGGAUUAAAUUGUUCAAUGCUGCAUCAUUGUCAUAAACUUCAAUAAUGCGCUCUUUCAUGCGCUUCCUGCUCAUACGUUAUAUCAGUUGUAACUCAGCAUUGGCGACAAACGGUGAAAUUUUGUUUUAUCAGGAUUAUAUGUCGAGGGCCUGCUCAGCAUAGUUUCCUCUUUCGCAGCUUUUUCCGCUCUGGUUAGGGCCUUUUAAUUUGCGGGAGACUUUUGUUGCAUUCGUGUUUUUUAUUACUUGCCAUGAAAUAUACUUCCAACUGUUGAAUUUA